AUGACCGCUGACAAUGACAUCAGUGAACUUGACCGCUUCAUAGAUGGCAUGACGGACGAUGAGUACAAUGCGUGCCCUGAGGAGACUGGUGCCAUUGGUGAAGACAAGAAGCCGCGAGUGAAAAUAUUCGUCAUCAGUCACAAUUCGGGGCCGCUCUUCGAACUUCGGCGGCACCUUUUCUCCAAGGCUACACACGACGAGAUCUUCGCGACCGAAUUCAAAAAGCUUUGA